UUUUUGUCUCCCCUAGCUGAGUGAUUGGGACAGCGGGUGGAAGAGAAGAUGCUUAUGGCCCGAGACACGGCGCGGGAUGAGGCUCAAAAGCUACACAGGAAGUGGCUGAAGCACCAGGCCUUUAUGGCGGAACUGGCCCGCAAUAAAGAAUGGCUUGCCAAGAUAGAACAGGAGGGUCAGGAGCUGAUCCAGGAGAAGCCGGAGCUGCGUUCGGUGGUUCAGCAGAAGCUGGAGGAGAUCAGAGAGUGCUGGUCCGACCUGGAGAGCACCACUAAGGCCAAGGCCCGCCAGCUCUUUGAGAACAACAAGCCCGAGCCGGCGGUGAAGAGCUACUCGGACCUGGACAACCAGCUCUCCCACCUGGAGCAGCAGCCCCCCCAGCUGGAGCAGGCCCACCAUCUACCCACCUUCAAUGAGCAGCUCCAGAAGUUCCAGGCCAUGGAGUCCCAGAUAGGGGACUUUUACAAGGAUGUGGGAGAGCUGGGGAGCUUGCAGGGGGUCUCCUUACCCCAGCGAGGGCUGAUGGCAGGUGACAGGGAGAGUGGUGAGCAGUCAGGUGUGGUGGAGACCCGCAUCGUGCGCCUCAUCGAGCCCCUGAAGGAGAGACGCCGCAUCCUGCUGGCUUCCAAAGAGAUGCAUCAAGUGGCCCAGGACCUGGAGGAUGAGAUACUGUGGAUUCAGGAGAGGCUUCCUUUGGCCUCCUGCAAGGAUUACGGAAAUAACCUCCAGGCUGUCCAGCAGUAUGUAAAAAAGAACCAGACUCUCCAGAGGGAGCUGACAGGGCGGCGGGCCCGUGUGGAGGAGGUCCUGGACCGUGCGGGGAUCAUCGCCUCGCUGAGGACUCCUGAGGUGGAAUUUGUGCGUGAAGGGGCGGGGCAUGUGCGCCAGCUGUGGGAGGUUUUGCAGCUGGAGACGGAGAGGAGGUGUGUGAUGCUGGAUGCCACUCUGCAGGCUCAGCAGUACUACAGCGAGGCGGCCAAGGUGGAGUCCUGGCUGUCAGGUCAGAAGCUGCAGCUGGUCAAUGAAGAGAAAGGCACGGACGAGGUGAGCACCCUGCAGCUGCUGAAGACACACCUGGCUCUGGAGCAAACAGUGGAGACGUAUGCAGAGACAGUGGGCAUGCUGUCCCAGCAAUGCCAGCGUCUCCUGGAGCUUGGACACCCAGAAAGUGAGCAGCUCACCAAGCAGCAGUCCCACAUAGACCGGCUCUACGUGUCUCUGAAGGACAUGGUGGAGCACAGGAAGACCAAGCUGGAGCAGCAGUACUGGCUCUACCAGCUCAACAAGGAUGUGGAGGAGCUGGAGAAGUGGAUCACUGAGUGCGAGACGGUGGCCAGUUCCACCGAGCUGGGCCACGACCUGGAGGAUGUCACGGUGCUUCAGGAGAGAUUCACCAAGUUUGCCUCAGAAACCAACAGUGUGGGCCAGCAACGCAUGGAGCAGGUGAACAAAAUGGUGAACGAGAUGAUUGACUGCGGCCACUCGGACGCGGCCACCAUCGCCGAGUGGAAGGACGGACUGAACGAGUCGUGGGCCGACCUCCUGGAGCUGAUGGAGACCCGCAGGCAGAUGCUGGCCGCGUCCCACCAGCUGCACAAGUUCUUCACAGACUGCAAAGAGGUCUUGGCUCAGAUCGCAGGGAAGAUGAAGCAGCUGCCAGAGGUGAGGGCGUGCCAAGCCAACAUCACCAAUCCAGCCACCCUGCAGAGACUCAUGCACUCCUUCGAGCAUGCCCUUCAACUGCUAGUUGCACAGGUGAGGCAGCUGCAGGAGAACGCUGCCCAGCUGAGGACCAUCUAUGCUGGCGAGAAGGCCGAGGCCAUCAUGGUGAAAGAGCACGAGGUGAUGGAGGCCUGGAAGGAGCUGCUGGGCUCCUGUGAGGCCAGUCGUGUCCAGGUCACUUCAGUCACAGACAAGGUGCAGUUCUUCUCAGUGGUGCGUGAAAACCUGAUGUGGAUGGAAGGCAUCAUGGGCCAGAUAGGAUGGGAUGAGCCCAGGGAUUUGACGGCUCUAGAGGGGAUGAUGAGACAACAUCAGGAGCUGAAAGCCAAAGUUGACGGUCGCAGCAAGACCAUACAACAGUGUGCAGAUCUGGGCAAGAUCCUAAUAGCUGCAGGCAACCCUGCAUCAGAGGAGAUAAAAGAGAAGCUGGACAGUCUUCUGGCUAAACAGAGGGAUCUUAUCGAAAAAUGGGACAAACACCAAGAAAAGUUACAGCGCAAGCAGGAACAUUUCCAGUUUGCCCAGGAGACAGUAAAGGCGGAAGCCUGGCUGAAGGCCAAGGAGCCACUGAUCACCUCCAAGGAGCCAGAGGGAGGAGCAGCCCGGGCCCAAACAGACGAGGUUGAGCAACUCAUCCUUCGCCACGAGGCCUUCCGCAAGGCUGCUGUAACCUGGAAAGAACGCUUCAGCUCUCUUCGCCAGCUUUCUGCAGCUGAGAAGAAAAAAGAGGAAGAGAAAAAGACAACCCCACUCUCCAGCCGAAGGAUGUUCCCAUUAUCAUGUCUGACUCCCAGUGUUCCCUCAACCAGUGCUACCUCACCUUUCUUGAGGCACACGGUACAGGCGCAUCUAGAACCCAAACCCUUACAGACCAGUCUGGAUCUGGGUGCCACCCCUUCAACCCAGAGAUUGUCCUCAACCCUUGCCAGUUACAAGACAGUGAUAAACGGAUCAGGCUACCACGGACUGGAACAGCAAGGCGGUGGGAAGUUGGUCGGCUCCUCGUACCUUGGGAUGAACCACCAGGCAGCCGGAGGUGGAAAUGACUCCGGUUUCUCUGCGCUGACAUCCCAGAGUGGUGGACCAGAUACUUCGACUUACCUUGGGAUAAACAAUCAAACUCCUGGCAGUGCAGAAAGCUCUGGGUACUUUGGAUUGACUACUGGUUCUUUGGGUGGCACGCAAAACCAUCUAGGCAGUGGCAGGUUAGGAAGCUCAGGUAACCUAGCACAGCAGCCAAGCAGUGGAGGUAUGGGAAGCCCUGGCUAUCUGACCCAGCAGAAUACAGGCAGUUCUGGAUAUUUGGCCCAAACACAAAAUAUGGGAAGUUCUGGAUACUUGGGAAAUCCGCCUAAUUUAGGGAGUACAGGAUAUUUGGCACAUCAGCCUAAUAUGGGUAGUUCUGGGUAUUUGGCACAACAGCCUAAUAUGGGUAGUUCUGGGUAUUUGGCACAACAGCCUAAUAUGGGUAGUUCUGGGUAUUUGGCACAACAGCCUAAUAUGGGGAGUUCUGGGUAUUUGGCACAGCAGCCUAAUAUGGGGAGUUCUGGGUAUUUGGCACAACAGCCUAAUAUGGGGAGUUCUGGGUAUUUGGCACAACAGCCUAAUUUGGGGAGUUCUGGGUAUUUAGCACAACAGCCUAAUGUGGUGAGUUCUGGAUACCUAGCUCAGAAUUAUCAGAGCAGUGGGGGAUUGGGUAGCUCAGGCUUUCUGGCACAAAAUCAUCACAGCAGUGGAAGUCUGGGCAGUUCUGGUUUCCUGGCGCAGAGUGGUGGCAUCAUGGACCCUAAAAUGGCGUAUGCAUGGCAGCACCUGAAAGCUGACUUCAUGCAGCCCAGGAUCAACCACAUCCACAAGGCUGUGAACCCUCUGCUAGAGGCCAGCAGAGUGCAGCGGGAACAGUAUGGGGACAUCCCGAUGGCAGACAUGGGGCCAGAGUCAGGGCUGGAGCUCCUCCACGGUCGUCUCCAGAGGGAUCCCCGUGGCAGCCGCUCUGAUCCUCAGAUGGACCAUCUGAGGCGAGAGAGGGAGUACAAGCUGGGUAGACAGACCUCCAGCGAACAAGAGAUCCAGGCCAGGCUGAAUGAGCUGCCGCUGAUUGUGCGUCAGGAGCGCUACCGGAGGCGCCUCGAGAGGCAGUCGUCCAGCGAACAGGAGGGGAGCAGCAAGCAGAGGCUGCAGAGACAGGACUCGAGUGACCUGGAGGGCUCUGUUAAGGACGGCUCUGACAAACGCUCAGGGGAUAAGAGAAAUACCAUGGCAGAGAUCGUAGAACAGGUCCAAGAGCGAGAGGCAGCACAUGCACGAGGAGAGCCUUAUCGCCCUCCAAGCAGCCUCUCAGCACCGGUGACUCGUUUUGAUGGACGUCCUCGCGCCCGAGACCGCCCCAAGCCGAGGAGGAGGCCCCGUCCAAAAGAGCCAGAGGAGACGCGGCGUUCUCGUUCAGCCCCAGCCACCGGCGCCCCAACGACACCUCAGCCGCCUUCACACACUGCCCACAACGAAGGUUUCCUCUACCGCAAAAAGGCCACCACCUCUGAUCUUGAAGCUCAGCAGAGAAGCCCAAACAGCAAGUCCUGGGUGAACGUUUAUUGUGUGCUGAAAGAUGGACAGCUGACCUUCUACAAGGAUGCCAGGCAUCUGACCACAACAUACAAUGAAGAGCCUCCUGUAGACCUUAGUACCUGCACAUUUGAUCCAUCAAUGGGAUACAAGAAGAAGAAGAAUGUCUUCAUUCUGAAGAUAGACGAAGCAAACAACUUUGCAUUCCAUGCAAAAGAUGAGGAGGACCUGAAGGCUUGGACUUCAAACAUCACCACCUGUAUAGAUGAGCAUGAGGCCAUGGCCAUAUGGGACAAGCCCGGAACCUCGUCCAUGGACCCCGACCACUCGGAGAGGAAGGAGAAGUCGGAGGGGGACGCAGACGCCAGGUCAGAGAGGUCCGAGCUGGCCGAAGGGGAGGAGAGGUCUGAGAAGGAGAGGUCAGAGAAAGGGGAUGGAUCCGAUAAGUUAGACACGUCAGAAAUUGCCGACAAGAUGGAGGGCGGGGCAGGGGGCUCCAGCACGUCUGGAAAGAGCAAAUGAGGAGCCCCCUUUGUGUUUUAACAUUACUCACUGACAAAAGGCGUAGGAGGCGGUGGGUGGGAGGGAUGGAUGGAGAGCAUGUGCAGCUAGGUUUGCAGAUCCUCAGUCACAGAGCUGGAACACACUGAGGCCAUGGUCCUUGGACUGACUGUUGUUACUGUGACAGACUAAUCUCUCAGCCCCUCCCCUUCACCCAGGCAAUACAUCAGUGCUUGCAUUGUGCCACCUGCUGGUAGAUAGGAGGUUGGCCCAGACAGACAGACAGAAAAGACAGACAGACUCCAACAAGUGGUCCCAGGAAUUAGUCACUGUCACGUCCCAUCGUUGAUCGUUUAAUCUCUUGGAUUCACAGCAUCUUUCUGUAUGUAUCUUUGACUGAUAAUGUAAUGCUCUGUCUAGCUAGACAAAAACCCGAGAAGUGGUGAAUGAAAUGUUUCACAAUAUCAAAAAAAAAAAGAAAAAAGUUUUUUGAAGCAAUAUACUUUUUUAUUUCUUCUCUUUGUUGAAGAGAGAAAAGGGGAAAAAGGAAACAAGAAAUAAUUGCAAAUGUGAACUCUAUGAUUUGUCACAUCCACAUAAGCUUACUCCGGGCAGUUGUGCACCUUAGACACUUGACACAUCUGUAUACUAAUCAUAAUGACAUUUAAUCCCAUCACAUGGCUAGCUUUGAAUCAUGUUAAUAUAAUGGAAUGCUGGUGUUACCCACCUGACUUCAUUGGUGUUAAUGAAUACACAGUUCUACAGUUUCUUUUCGGUUUUUAUUUCUAUCCUUCUUAUUAUUAUUGUUUGUCCACGAUGAUCCAUGUCAAGAAAAGAGCUUUCCAUCAAAUUCUAAUCCAAGGUGUGUUCAAAGUGGCAAUGCUCAAAGUAAUACUAAGCCUAUGUGACACAAUGCCUUUGUAUACAUGACAAAAAUCAGAACAUUGCAUGAAAAAGUCUAUUAGUGCACCUGUUAAACUUGCCUUUUAUUUUUAUUUUCUUGAAAUAAGUUGGGCAGUAUUGGAAUUGCAAUAAUUUAAUGUGAGUUGGG